AUGGGCAGCACUGAAGAAGACCCAAACAAGCCCUUAUCUCUUUACGAACCUUCUUCUCCAUCUCAGCCUCUUCUUUCCAAACCCCCAAUUGAAGAACACACUUCAGUCCCAUCUCAACCCGACCCGCAAGAACCCGACCCGGUCCAAUUCAUACAGAUCAAUUACAAUUAUGGUCCCAGACCUUUCAAGGACCUACCUUUUCUCAUCCUUUUCGUUGUCUUUGUUAUCGCAACUUUUGCCUGGGGUAUAUUCUCAGUUUGUAAUAAAAAUUCUAGCUUUACUAGUGUGUCAUCUUAUGCUUAUAAUUCUACUUCAGGAUCUUGUGUUGAAGAGUCAGCUUCAGUUUCUAGCAACUGGGGUUCUGUCAAUUUUACCUUUUUAUCAUUAAGUUCUAGUUUUUCUAAAGAUUUGACAUGGACCCUUGUUUUGACUUUGAUUUUAAGCGUGCCCAUUUCUUUUUUACUCCUUUUGCUUCUCAAACGUUACACCAAACAGAUUGUGUACAUUUCGCUUCCGUUCUUCGUUAUUGUGCCCAUUUUUUUAAAUGUUUAUUGGUUUGUUGCGUGUACUGUUAGUUCUUCUUGUAGUGAUGUAUUCCCUUUGGCGUAUAGAAUUUUAGUGCUUGUGUUUGUGUUCUUGAUAAUUGGAGUUAUUGUUUGGAUAUUUGUUGCCAAUUGGCAUAGAAUUGAGUUGACUAUUCAGAUCAUUGGUGUUGCUUCUGAUGCUUUGUCUCAGAAUUUGGGCUUGUUUGUGGCGUUACCGUUGUUGACUCUAGGAUUGAUUAUUUAUUAUGCGCCCAUUAUUGUAUUCUUGGUGUUUGCAAGAUUUAAUGGGAAAAUUGUGGCGAAAGAAUCAAGUGGAGAGUAUGAAUGUGUGUGGAAACAAGAUAGUUGGGUGCCUGCCUACUUUGCGGUUGCGAUUCUUACCAUGUUGUGGUCGUUGAGUGCAAUGGUUGAAGCACAGGCUUAUGUGAUAAGUGGGACUAUUGCACAGUGGUAUUUUUCAAAGGAGGAUUCAAAACCUAGGCGAAGUAUAAGAAGUUCUUUGAGGAAUGCAUUUGGUCCCUCCUCUGGCACUGUUUGUCUAUCUGGACUACUUAUAUGUGCAGUACGUAUAGUCCGUGCUGCUGUUGAUAGUGCAAGACAAGAAGAUGUUCCUGGAUUUGUGAUCCUUAUUCUGCGUUGCUGUGUAAAUGCCUUAUUGUCAGCUGUAGAUUUUCUUAACAAGUUCACCAUCAACUUUGCAGCAAUAACGGGUGAAGCUUACUGCACAUCCGCAAGAAUGACUUAUGAACUUCUAAAGCGUAACCUUCUCUCUGCUGUUUUUGUGGAGACUGUCUCAACUCGUUUGUUAGCUGGGAUUAUUUUUGUCGUUUCGGCAAUAUAUACAAUUGCGGUCUGUGCUAUCUUAAAGGGAGCGACCAAACUUGGUGCCGAAGCAUACUUUGUGGGGUUUCUUGCAUGGGUGCUUCUAAUCAUGGUGCUGGGUUUCUUUGUCCAUGUCUUGGACAAUGUUAUUGAGACAGUUUACGUCUGCUAUGCCAUAGAUAGAGACAAAGGGGAGGUCUACAAACCGGAGGUGCACGCGGUUUACGUUCAUGUACCUCUCAGUAGGAACCAUAGAACGACUUUCGUACCCACUACUCUUGGUGUAUAAACUUCCUUUAGUUCCAGUUGUGUACUUGAACACCAUUCAUGUGUUGUUAUUAAUCAUUUGUUCUGUGUGUAAGGUAGAAUUGCCCCUGGGCAAACUGUGCAUACUUUCAGUUGCCACAUUGUACAACUUAAAAGAAGCAAAAUUAUAAUAAACUUGGAGCCUUUCAGUCCCUCUCUCAUUUCUCUCUUUAAUGUAAUGAGACCACUCUGCCAUUUGUUUAUGUUAUUUGCUCAUGUCACAAUCGAUGGCUUGAUCAGAUUGUUUUAAGUAAAAUCAGUGGCUCCGGUGGUGGGUAAAAUAUUUGUGCUCUAGGUUCAUUUAGGGUUAGUUUUAAAC